AUGGAAAACGGUAAAACCGAAGGCUCCACAGCCGGAGAGCCGAAGACGAAUGAGACUGGGAGCGGAGAGCUGAAUGCUUCCGUCGCCGGGCUCACGGAGCAAGAGCAGGAAAGCUUCCAGUCAUUCGUCAAAGAGUGUCGCGAAGCAGGGUUGCUCGAGCGCCCUGCUGGAUUGACCGAAGAGGACACCGUCGAUGGCCUGCACGACGACAUCACUUUAUUGCGGUUUCUCAGUGCUCGCUCAUUCGAUGUCCCCGGCGCUCUGAAGCAGUUCAAAGAAGCCCAGGCGAUUCGGAGCUCUGCCAAUACAUCUGAGGCUUACGAUAGCAUUGACAUUGACGAUUUUGAAUACCUGCGUGGCAUAUAUCCCCAUUGGUCAGGCCAGCGCACUAAACGAGGCCUGCCAAUAUGUCUCCUUGACGCGGCUAGUCUGGAUGGUCAAAACCUCACAAAGUACCGCAGUUACAGUGCAACUCAGAACACAUGUCGCGCAAUCACCUCGCUCGACUAUCUGACGCGCUUCGCACUCCCGCUCUGCUCCAUGAUGACAGACCGGCCUGAGCCCGAGAAGCCAGUCUCCGGCGCAGUAUACCUCGCCGACAUCGCCAACGCAAGCCUCAGACAAGCCUGGGGUCUCCGGGGAUAUGCACAGAGCACUUCGGCGCUGCUAGCGACGUGUUAUCCGGAAGUAGUCGAUCGGAUCUAUGUCCUCAACGCGCCGCCAUACUUUCCUAAGAUCUGGGCGUUUCUGAAGGGCUGGUUUGAUCCGAAGACGGCGGAUAAGCUGGUGAUAGUGCCGCCCGCGGAUGUCCUGUCUACGCUGCUGGACGUGAUUGAUAUCGAGUGCAUACCGGAACGGUAUGGCGGAAAGUCGAGGGAUGAGCAUGGAUUGGUGCCGCUUGUCAGCGGGUUGAAAGAGCUCCUGGGCGUGGAUGAGUUGCCGGAUGGCCCGAUCAAGUGGACGAUGCACGAAGGAAAACGGACUGCUGUCGCGGUGGGAGUGAGGGGAGGGGAGGCGCGCAAGGAAAGUGGUAGUGAGAACAAAGAUGUGGAAAAGGAAAACAUCGAAAAGCAAGAGGUCGACAAGAAAGAUGUUGAGAAGAAGGAUAUCGAGAGGGAAGACAUCGAGAAGAAUGGUAUGGAGACCGAGAUUGUCAAGGCGGAUGUUAUCGAGGUUACUGCAUAG